CACAGGGAAAAUCCUGUGUCGAAAAUAAAAUUUCUUUAGAAAAAACAGAUAAUAGCUAUUAGCAAGCUUGGAGGUUUUUUAUAGCUUUUCAGGAUUUUAGACACAGAUUUUAGUUUGAAAAGUAACAAUGAUCCAAAUUUCGUGAAUAAAAUGAACCAAACUAUUCACAUAGGCUCUUUCCACAAAUUCAAAGUUUAGAACAGCGUUGAAUUUCACCGUUAAAUAGAAUUCCUUGCAAAGCACAAAUCAAUGAACAACUCUGACGACCACAAUAAUUAAUGGUCAAUUUUCGAAUGAAUUUGAUGAAUAAUCCGUUCUGCAUUCCAAUGUUGAUUCACCUUAUAAACCUGCAAUGUGCUGAGUCAUAUACUAUGAUCCGCAUUCAAACAUGUUGAAUGUGAAUUUAGUGAGAAUUCUUGGUCAGUAGUUCAAAUUAGAAAAGAACGUUACUUUUUAAGUGCUGGAAAGAAAGUUUAAAUAAAGACAUUUCAGAAUUUUUUCAAAGUAUACGCUUCCUACGUAUGUUAUACGAUAGACCAAAAUUACUUUAAAUGACGAGAAAAAAAAAGAAAAGAAGAAAAAAAUAUAUUUAUUGAAUAAAAGUAAAGCUAUUUUGUGUUUGUAUUAUUUGAGAAACAGCAGCAGUAACAGAAAAAAAAUAUACUCUCAAAUAAUUCGCUUGUAUCACUUACAUGUAUGCGGUCUCAUCGUCAAGAGAGUAGCGGAAAGGUAAAAAGUUUUUUUUCGUAGCAAAGCGACAGUGCGACAGUGUACUUCAACUUGCUUAGGAGAUGAAAUUUAGUUUUUGAAGAAAAAAAAUUAUUACAAAUUAUUUUUUUAAUAAAACGUGAUACAUAAUAAGCAUAUAUAAAUUUUUCUCAAUUCUACAACGACUACAAAUUGAAUCAACCUGUUUCUUCUGUGCAUUUUUUGAAAAAAGAAAAAAAAUUGUGCAAACCAGCUUUUUCUUCUUGUAUCUACACCUCAUUUAUACAUAUAUCGUGUGUGCAGAAAGUAAUAACAAAAGGUUUUUUUUUCUUCAUAAUUUUUUGGGGUCGGUGCUUCAUAAAAAUAAAAAAAAAACUCUUUCUUAUUUACUUUAUAUUAUUUUUUUGAGAGUUUCCCAAGAGCGUAAAGUCUCUAUUAAUCCAAUCGUUAAAAAAAGCAUUCAACGUUCAGCAGCUUUUUUUCGGUGGAAUCAUAUACAGUUGUACAUUAGAAGUGAGAAGCACUAAAUCAUGUCUAAUCAGUGUAAAAAUUGUGAUCGCGAUCGCGAUUUAAAUAAUAAUUACGUUGGAUAUUCUAAUGGAUAUAUGGCAGCAAACACAAACAAUAAUAACAACAGAAAUUCCUCAAAUGUGAUGAGUAUCAGUAACAACAACAACAACAACAGUAACACAACCAGCAACAAUACCAUUAACAAUAGUCCCACUAAUAAUGCAACAGUAAUGCAAGGUCCUAAAAUUACAGCAAAAGUUAUGUUUGGUUCAUUAGGUGCUAUAAAGGAACUACGUGAAAAGGAGCAUGCCGAAAAGACACGAUCAUCACAAGCUGGACGAAGGCAUUAAAUUUAAACAAAAGAAAAGAUGAAACAAAAAAAAAUAAUGAAAACUUAAUCUAAUUUAACAAUAAUCACAUUAUGUGAAUGUGCAAAGAAAAAUAAAUAAAAAAUUUCUUAGUGAGAGAGAAAGAGAGAAAGAGAGAAAGAGAAAGAUGAAAAGAGAGAGGGAGCGAGAAUUGUGGAAAGUGUCACAAAUUCCAUUUAAUAAUAAAUAAUGUGAUUCCGUAAAUACAUGUAUCUGUAUGCAUAUAUGCCUCAAGUACGGAAAGUGUUUUUAGGCUGUAAAAUUAUUAUUACACCUUUAGCAUUUAUAACUAUCUACGCAUAAAUUGCUUCUUAUUCACUAUAGUAUGCAUAUAAUAACAAUAACAAGAUUCUUAAAACAUAUUUUAUAUUUUUAUUAUCCACAUGUUGAAUAACAAAACAGCAAUAAUAAUUUGAUGAUGCAAAAUUUUCGUCCAUUUACAAUAAUUCUCAAAAACAAAUUUACCUUAUAUGAGUAUAAUCUCUUUCAUAAUCAUAGAAAAUUAAGAGAAAAAAUUGUUUUAAUUUAUUCACUGAUUGUGCAAUUUAAAUUUGCAAUGAAAUAAUAAAUUGAGUGAGCAUGAAAAAUUAUUUACAUACAUAUGGAGCUUCUCUGAUGCACUCUAGGUUCGAUAAAAAAAGAAGAAAAAACAAUUUGCUCUUUAGCUUAUAUUGAGUGAAUCAUCAUCAAGUAUUCUUCAUUAUUUAUUAUUAUUAUUUUCAUCUUCUUAUUUUGCAUAAUCUCAAUAAUCGUACUUAAGGAAUGAUCAGUACUAGUAUUAUAAUUAUCAUUACAGUAGAUUGAAGCUUGUUGAUUGUUUAUUUUUGCGAAUAUUAAUUCUUGUUUACUGCAUAGAUAUAUGGUGCAUUGUGAAAUAUUAUUCUCAUUCAGACAAGCUUGCGUGAAAAUUUUUUUAAUACAAAUGACUUAAACGCAUUUUUGACUGCUAAUAACAAUCAAUAUAUAGAAGAGAUUAUCCUGGAGCUUUAAUGUCUCAUUAAAAUUGUUCAGAAAAUUUUAUUUUUAAUUUAAAGGCUCUUCAAAGUUUGAGUUGAUAUUCCCCAAAAAAUUCUUCCACCUCGAAAAGUUUUUUACAAUUUUAUAAUCAAUUAAACAUUUAAUUGCGUUCAUAAUCUUGCCAUCAGAUACAAAAAGAUGACAAGAAUCAAUCACAAUAAAUAGAAGCAUUCAAACAAGCAAAAGAAGACAAUAUUCAAUUAAGAGACAAAAUGCCUUUAAAGCUUUUAAAAGUGAUCUUAUAAAGAGAUAUAUAGUAUAUUUUCUAUUGUGGAUGAUGAAUGAAGCCCACAUGAAAAAAAUGUGAAUUUAGAAAAUAUAUAUUUGUAAUAAUAAUUAUAAUAAUACCGAUGAUGAAAUCUGUGAAGGUGUUUCGACGGUCAUUAAACUUUUACCAUUUUAAAAUCAUUGAAACUUUUUCUUUUCUACGAUUUUUACGAUUCAUUGAUAGAUAAAUGUGAAAUUAUUGAAUUUUAAAUUACAUUGUACGAGUAGAGAUUUUUUGAGAACUGAUAUUGAUUAUGAGAAAACAGUUUUCAUAUGAAAAUCAAAUUAAACAGAAUGUUCUUGACCUAAAGACGCUCGAUUAAUAAAUUAAAAGCUCUUUGUUCUCGAUCAUGUUCAUGUUUCUUGCUCUAUUUAUUAUUUCAAACUUAAUUCUUUUAUAUUGAUUAGUUCUUAAGUGUUGUAUCUAAUAAAAAGUUUAAAGAAAUAUUUAUCAUCUUUAAUUAUUAAAAACUUGAUGAAAAAAAAAAUGUUUUUGUUAAAUGAAAUUUUUUUAUAAUCUCAAAAAUACUCUUGUUG